AUGGCCAAGGAGGCACCGUCGCUGCAAUACGAUGCUGAGCAGGGAGUAGCUGCUAAUCAAGGCGGCUUCGGCCUUCUUGCGGAAAUGCGCGGCAUGCGUGCAGAGGCCAUUUCCUCAUGGGUGCGAGAUGCACUUAAAAAGGACACAGAGCGACGUAAGGAAGAGAUCCGUCGACUCAACAAGGGGCCAAUUCACGGCGGUGACGUGCGUUCUGACACAAUGGUCGUCACCGAACGCUACCGGAAGACAAGCACGGAAUGGAAGUCAUUUCAAACCUUGUAUGGCCUCACCCCAGAAGCCAUUCAAGAUCUCGACCAAGCACAAUGCUCGGAAUCCUUGCAAGCGUUGAACAGAGCGGCUUCAAUUCUGUUCGAGAAGCGUUGCGCACGCCUGCCAGCUGAAGUGCUCCGCAAACGAGACGAUCUUGUCGCCUUGAUAGUCCAGGAAAAUUAUGAAGAGGCCGAGAAAAUGAGCCGCACUUUUCUCUGUAAGGAGGAGUCCUCUGUGGCUGAAGAGUAG